AUGUUAGUAGUUACUGAGGACUUCGAACCAUUCGAUGUUCCAUUGAAGGAGUUGGAAUUGGAUACUCGGCAAAUUAUUAGUAGAGCUGAAGAGUGUAAACGGUACCAGUCUCAUUACAGAUAUUACUGCAAAAAGACAAACAUCGCACAGUACAAUGAGGAAGUCCGCAUUAUCUGCGAGCGUUAUUUACAUAUCUGUUCCGAUCUUUCACCAAGCACCAUUAACCAUAUUCAUCGACAACGUACAUAUUGGCAUGAGUCGGGCUUACCUAAAAAACAAGAGAAAGCACUGGUAAACUGCUAUACGUCAUGUCGAGAAACGGAUCCAGCGUGUGUUGUAGCAUGUGAAUGUAUCUAUCUACAGUGGAUCAUGAAUAUGGAAUGUGGUCCAGGUGCCCGAUCGGGUGCUUUAGCAAAUUGCCAGAGAUGGUAUAAAAAGUGUAGAGGUAUUUGGCAACCAGUUCCUAAUCAAAUACCUUUUCCACAAGGUGUCUAUUAUGCUCCACCAACAGUACGAGGAACAUUUUACGGAUAUGAUCCUUUAAGUACUUACAGCACAUUUGACAAACCAAGACAUCAUGGAUUAUCUUUUUACAGAGGCACUCAAACUACGCUUGUGAAUUGGCCAGAAGGUGAGAUAUCUGGUGGAACAACAUUUGAUGUUCCAAUUGUUGGAAUUGAUGGAAUUUACAACGCUUAUGAUGUUGGCUUUCCAAACAUGGCAUCAAUUUAUCGUCUUAUCAUGCCAUAUAAUCAUGGCCUGAAUCGUGGAACAGGUCGACGGCAUUUACAAAAUUAUUAA